AUGCCAGAGGUUUCCACCGAUGCGGACUCACUUCCGAGUUGUUUAUCAAUGGCGACAACAGAUCAUUCUCUUUUCGGAGAUUUUAAUUUUGCUGAUACUCAACCUGCCGACUACAUGCCAAUGGAUCCAGAUCCAGAUCCCCCAAAUGAGUCUCUAGAUGACUACAUAGCGCUCGAUGGGGUUCUUGCCCUAGAUGGACUUGAUGGCAUCCAGCAGCAUGGAUUCAUAGAGAUUCCCAUGGCUCCCUACGAAAAGCUCGACGACUACCGACAGUCUUGGUGCGGGUGGAUGCGUCGAGGCACGGCAGUCAUUGCCGUGGAAACGAAUAUCGUUAUGCAGAAGAGAUCAAACUAUGAGGCACUUCUUCUGGAAAGACCUCUUGCACAACAUAAUGUCGACUUGAUCAUCCAAGCGUUGCGAUGCUUUCCCACAAUGAUGAUGAGAAGAGAGACAUUUCCUUGGUUCAUCCACCGACAAUCGCAGCUAUUCUCAGCAUCCAAAACAACUUUACCUGAGGCUUUAGCUACCUGCAUGGGCAUAGCGCACAUGUUUACUUUGCGCACGCCUGAGACUAGACCGCUGGUUUGGAAGAGUAUAAGUACUGAGCAUCAACGCUUGAGCAAAGAGAUUCCGCAUAUGACCUUACAUGACCUGCUCGUUGCGGUACAGGCAUGCAUCAUAUACCUCGUAAUGUGUAUUGUUGAUCAAUCUCAAGAGUUCAACAGCUAUGAGCUUAUGCAUACGCUCCAUGAAUUAUAUUAUGCCUUCAAAAGGAACGUCGUGAAGCAUGGAAUAGGAUUCGAGAACACGCAAGCCAAUGGUAAAUGGGAGCACUGGAUCUUUGAGGAGUCACGACGAAGACUUGCACACCUAUGGUUCCUCAUCGGCUUUGUCGUCUGCAUCAAGGCCGGCACAACAUACGAUGCAUCACAUAGCUACAGGGCUCUCGAGCUGCCGAGCCCCAAAGUACUGUGGGAAGCAACCACACGGUCUGCCUGGGAAGCAGAGAACGAAAUGACUCGUACUUUUCAGAUGAACGACAUGGCCACUCUUGGUGAUCUAAUUGAUACGCAAAAGGCAGGCUACACACCAUCAAACGCCAGAAAACUGGACCAAUGGAAUACGGGAGUUGAUACUCUAGGUUAUUUAUUGAAUCUAGUGGGGGCUGUGGCAUAA